AGGAAUUCUGCUCACAAGAGAGGGAGAGAAACACGCCAGUUUCCUAGUUGAUUUCCAAAUAAUACGGGGACUGAUACUAUGCUGGUGAGAAAUCUCUUGAUUAUUUUUCUGUGAUCAAAAUGUUAUACCUGUUCCUAAAGUACACUACUGUUAAAAAGAUUGUGGUCUGUAAGAUUUAAAAAAAAAAAAAAGUAUUUAGCAAGCAUUAAUCUAACGGCAUUAAUCUAAACGGCAGAAAGGUUACUCUUUAUAAGUAAGAAUACAGUUUUUAAGUCUGAUAAGUAGAAAACAUCACGUUUUCCACAAAAAUAUGAAGCAGCACAGCUUGAUUCAUCAUUGAUAAUAACAAUAAAUUGAAAAAAAUGAUUUUUAAAGGGUCAAAAUAAAGUAUUGAUGCUGAAAAUUCACCCCUUUUCUUUCACGGGAAUAAAUAAGGGUUAGAUCCUUUAGAGAGAGAAAAAAUCUAUCUAAGAAUUUUAUUUAGUGGUUUAUAUGUGAGUUUAAGAACACAAUACUAAUCUUUUUUUAAUCACAGAUCUUGUUAAUAUAUUCUUAAACAUUUGUGAUUUUUGUUUAAUUGUGUUUUUCUUUGUCUGUUAUACGAUAGUAGAUCAUGCCUUUUGCAUCUUGUGUUUGUAUCGGCGUAUUAUUGUUGCCAUGGUUUCCAUGUACUUGGGAGAAGUGCAUCUUUGACCAAGCUCAGAAAUCAAUCAAAGUUGUGUCCCCGCCCACUGGUCAAUACGCCUCUGCUCAUUGGUCCUUGAGAAAAACUGCGUCAGAGGAGAAUCCAUUGCCCCACAGUUCUAAACGUCAGAGAUCAAAAAGAGCAGAGAGACAUGUGGAUCCACAACCAAUCAGAAUCAAGAGCUGGAUCCCCUCAGAAAGCCCCGCCCUCACAGGACGGGAGCUAGAGAGAUUGAUGAAUGCAGUCGAUGAGGCUGUGAGCCAUGUUUCCAGUUUACUGUCAGUGAGGCGAGUUCAAGGCAGUCUGCUGCUGAAUCGAGACACAAACAAAUACUGCAAAUUCAUUUGGAGAAACAGCAGCACUCUUAACCACAUGAAAUGCGCCAGAGCCAAUGAGAACUACAGAUUCGAGAGCUGCUUUGGCAUAAUUAUCCCAGAUGAGCACCUGAAUGGCUGUGCUGUUUAUCCACAUCCUGAGCAUAUAGUCCGGACAGUGCUGAGAGCAGCGGGGACGGGAGUUCCUGACACUGACUUCCUGUUGUAUGUGUUCACUCACAGCACAGAUAAAUGUCGAGCAGAGUCUAGUAUAGUGGCUUAUGCUGCUCACUGUCAGACAGAUUCAGACGGGCGUCCUCUGGCUGGGACUAUGAUCAUCUGUAGAGAGACACUCAGUAUGGAAAGAUACACACAUGAGCAUUUUGUGCAGACAGUGAUCCAUGAGCUGUUCCACGUGUUGGGCUUCAGUCAGAAGCUCUUCAGCCGUUGGAAGGAUUGUUCUCUCUCCUUUCAGGAUGGUAUAGAUUGCUGGUCUCAGGGUCAGGUGACCGGCACAGAUGAAACAGGUCAGGUUAGACUGUAUUCUCCUACUGUGAUCAGAGAAAUGCAGAAACACCUCAACUCUACCCACACUGACCUUGGAGCUCAGUUAGAGAACAAGGAUGCUGGUUCAGACGGGCUCUCGUCACACUGGGAGGCUCGUGUGCUUCAGGGAUCUAUUAUGGCAGCUUCACUGGUGGAGCCGUCACUGAUUCGCAUCGAUCCCAUCACACUCGCUGCCCUCCAGGACACGGGCUGGUAUUCAGUGAACCUCAGCCGAGCUCAGAGCUUGGUGUGGGGAGAAGGUGGAGGCCAUCAGUUUGGGUCUGUCUCUACCUGUCACAAUUCUUCUGCUUUCUUUUGUACACACAGUGGAUUGGGUUGUCAUUACCUUCACUUCCACAAGGGAGAGUGUCUCACUGAUCAAUACCUGGAUGGCUGCCACAUUUUUAAACCCCUGGCUAAUGCUAGUGAGUGCUGGAAAGAGGAGAAUGAAAGGAGUGGAGUGAAUGGAGAGAUACAUGGCUCAGACAGCCGCUGUUUUAUAUCCAACCUCACCACACUGAAUAACGUGACCGCUAGCGCAGCCGUGGCAGGUCAUUGUUACAGACACAGGUGCACUGGAAUAAACAAAUAUCAAAUUCAGGUGAUGGAUUCUGAUUGGUUGGAUUGUCCAGCAGGAAAAAGCAUUGAGGUGUCCGGUUAUCAGGGUUUCAUUUUCUGUCCAGACAACAGAAUAUGUAAAUAUUCUGAUUUAACCCCUCCUACAUCAAGACAAAUGUCAGAUGACCUUCUAAAAACUGACAAGGCCGUUGAGAGUAAUGUUGAUGUGAUGGUGAAUGUCAGCUCUACUCCUCACCCUGGAUUCAAGCAUCGCUCCUCUGUCACAGUGUCUAAGACAGAGGUCUUUGUGGCAGCAGUGCUGAGCAUCAUGGCUGCUUUCUCUCUACUGUCUACUGUAGUGCUCCUCUACAGGAAGUGCUUAUCAGCCAGGGUCAGAGUACAUGCUGCUAGUGAACCUUCAUACAGGCCACAGAUGCUCCCCACCCAAUAUAUCACAAAUAACUGAUAGCAGAACCAAAAAUAAGAUUCAAUGUGUUUUGUGAGGAUGUAUGUCUUCAGCAUAAACACAUGAAACAUUUACUCUCUAUUAAAAAAAAUAAAGAUCAUCAUAGAAUAUUUAAAUAAUUUACAUUUUUGUAAAAUGUAUAGCUUAAAUAAAAAUGCAAUCAAUGAAUUGUAAAAUAUAUAACUGCCGUUACAUAAACCAUAAACCCUUUUCUGGACUAAGAUUGAUUUUCUGCUGGCUUAUUCAAUCAUUCAUGUACAAAUCAAAAUAUUGUUAUUAUUUAAAGUCUUGUAGGACAUGUGUAUUUACAAAUAAAGUCAAUAGACAGCAAUGCAAGCCUUCAAAUUUAUUUAACCCAGCAAAUAUUACAAUGAUGUGGUUUCAAUAGAAAGUACAUACAUUUUUUUAACACAAUUGCAAAAAUGAAAUAGCCAAAAUGUGCUUUUACUGUUUUGUCUAUCUUUUGAA